GGUGCUUGGGAGUCGCGUCAUUGCUGCUACGUGGAGAGUUGCGAGUGAGACCGAAGACAUAAUCGGAGUUUUGCCUUUCACAGCCCAAGUCAGUGUCGGGGCGGCGGGCUCUCUGCCACCUUGACAGGGUGCAGGGUCGGCCGUGGCGGUGAGAGGGAUACAGGCCGUCAGCUGUUAGCUCUAGGCCUGGCCAGCUUUCCGCUGCGGAGGGCCUGGGCCUGGGCGCCGAGGGGCGGUCCACACCAUGAGUUGGUUCAACGCCUCGCAUCUGUCGAGUUUCGCCAAACAGGCGCUGUCUCAGGCUCAGAAGUCCAUCGAUAGGGUCCUGGACAUCCAGGAAGACGAGGGGGGCUCGUGGACUGGUAUCUCGGCGGAGUAUGAGGAAGUAAUAUUGCCAGGCAAAACCUCUUCAAUCAAUGAAGGAUGGGUUUCCACACAAUGGGGAUCGUCGGAUGACAACCCCAAACCUCACCCUGCAGCUUCACCAAAAGCUAUUACCAAACCAGUUACGCGAACUGUGGUGGAUGAGUCGGAGACAUUCUUCAAUGCUUUUCUGAAUUCAACAGAUACUGCAAUUAUAGAGCAAACAUCAGUUGUGUCCAAGCCCCCAAGCAAAUCCCAACUGCCCAAAGAAGUAGAGGCAACAUUGACUAUUCAUCUCACGGAAUCUGUGGAGCUAAAUGUGCCAGAAAAGGAGAAUUCCACUGAGGACCCUACUGCUGUCCCUCAGAAAGUACACAAUGAUUCGGAGGUCACGGAUCAGUUGAAUGAUCAUCAGCUGCUUAGUGGAAAGGCUGGAAGUCCCAAGUCUCUCAAAAGUGAGGAGCCGCAGAAUAAAGAUGAAAUAAGGUUAGUUGUGGCAAGAAAUGAGAAUGCGCCUGUGACUUCUGAAGUAAUCAAGCCAAAUGCAUUGGUUGCCUCUCGCGUUGAAAAGGUGCAGAAAAAUGCCGAAAAGUCUCCAAGUCCACCUGACAGUCCUUCGAAAUCCCGCACUGCUUCCGCGAAGGAUUCAAUUUUGGAAGCAAAAGAACAAAAAUCUGAGGACCGGCAAAGUAACACCCCCUCUCCCCCCAUUAGUACAUUUUCAUCAGGAACAUCAACUACAAGUGACAUUGAGGUAUUGGAUCAUGAGAGUGUGAUUAGUGAGAGUUCGGCGAGUUCUAGACAGGAGGCUGUAGAUUCAAAGGCUAAUCUGCAUUUGAUGCAGACAUCCUUUCAGCUGCUGUCAGCGUCAGCCUGUCCUGAGUAUCAUGGUCUGGAUGAAUAUCAGAAACUUACUGAGAGCUGCAGUUCCUCUGAUGCUUUUGAGAGAAUCGAUGCUUUUAGUGUGCAGUCAUUAGACAGCCGGAGUGUGAGCGAGAUCAAUUCCGAUGAUGAAACUUCAGGUCGGGGAUGCAAUGUGGCCUCGGGAUCACUUACUCAGUCCGUCUGUAAUGGUUCAUCAACUGGCGUGCCGGCAAAGAAUGUUGAAGGGACCAGAAGGGAUGCUCAGAAGGAGAACGUACUGGAUGGGAGUGAGAUGGAAGCGAGCACGAGGGAUGCUCAGAAAGAGCACGUACUGGAUGAGAGUGAGAUGGAAGCGAGCACGAGGGAUGCUCAGAAAGAGAACGUACUAGAUGAGAGUGAGAUGGAAGCGAGCACGAGGGAUGCUCAGAAAGAGAACGUACUGGAUGAGAGUGAGAUGGAAGAGAGUGGCCGAAGUGCCACACCAGUGAACAGCGAUCAGCCAGAGGUCCUGCCUGUACUUGGCCUGAUGGAAAUUGAGAACCAAAAUGCAGAAUGUACAGUAAUUAACCGGCCAACGGAAGGAACUGCUGGAGAUGAAUCCCAGCCCAGUAGUAAAUUAGAAAAAUUUCAUUUACAACAGAUUAUUGAUGAUUUGACAGACAAGUUGGAAAAGAGAGAAUCGCAAUUGUUGUCUGUUAGCAAAGAUAAAGCCGCAUUGGAGGAGGCAAUUGAUAACCUGAAAGAUGAAAUGAUCAGACUAAAGGAAGAAAGCACCAGUAUCUCAUCCCUAAAGGACGAGUUCACUCAGCGCAUUGCAGAAUCUGAAAAGAAAACCCAACUUGCUUGUAAAGAAAGGGAUGAUAUUAAAAAAGAAUUAAAAGCACUGAAGGCGGAGCUCGCUACUCGAUUUACUUCAAAUGAAACAGCAGAUCUGGUACGGGAGAAGGAUGAACAGAUCAGAGGACUGUUGGAGGAGGGAGAGAAGCUCUCGAAGCAACACUUGCACAAUUCAAACAUAAUAAAGAAACUAAGGAUGAAAGAAAAAGAACAUGAGACACUAAUUUCAAAACAAAGUAAGAAGACAAAAGAACAAGAGGAGGAAAUUAAGCAUCUACAGCAGGUACUUGAUGGUAAAGAAGAAGUGGAAAAACAGCAUCGAGAGAAUAUCAAGAAGCUGCAUGAUGUGGUGGAGAGACAAGAAAAAGAAAUUAGCAAAUUUCAAAUGAACAUGGAUGAGCUUCUAGAAAAUAAUCGUAGCCUUCAGUCUGCACUUGACAACUCAUACAAGGAGCUUGCCGAACUACAUAGGGUAAAUGCAGCUAAAGAUAGUGAAGCCCAGGAGGCAGCUCUGAGUCAUGAGAUUAAAACCAAGGAGGCACUGUCAGUGGCUCUGGAGCGAGCCCAGGAAGAGGCAAGGCAGCAACAGGAGGUGCUCGCGGUUCAAGUGGCAGAUCUCCGGUUGGGUCUCCAGCGGGCUGAACAACAGCAAGCCAGGAAGGAGGACUACUUGCGUCAAGAAAUUAGUGAACUUCAACAGAGACUUCAGGAAGCAGAUAAUCGAAACCAGGAGCUAAGCCAAAAUGUUACAUCUGCAAGCAGACCACUUCUGCGACAGAUUGAAAAUCUACAGGCCACGCUUGUGGCACAGUCAGCAACUUGGGAAAAACUGGAAAAGAACUUGUCUAAUCGACUAGCUGAUAGUCAAGCUCAGCUUGCAGCUGCUAUAGAAAAAGAGCGGACGGUCUCAGAAGAACUGCUUACUCUUAGAAUGCAAAUCUCUUCACUGGAUUCACAAAACAGCUUAUUGCGUCAAGAGAAGAGCAGGUUGCUAGCUCAGUUGGAGUCGGAAAGAGCCAGGCUUGAAAAGACUGAAGAUGAAAAUAGCAGGCAUCGUGUGGCUUUUGACAAUCUGAAGUCUGAAUACAUUAAGGCUCUUGAAGAAUCAAAAAAGGAAAAGAAUGCCCUGAGUAAACAGUUGGAAGUGGAAAAGUUGAAAGUUGAACAGGAAAGGAAAAAAGCAACCCUUGCACAAGAUGCAUUAAAAGAGAAGGAGCGGAAACUACUUACUAAUCAGGGACCAGAGGCUUUGACCGUCACUCCAACUCUUUCUCGAUCCAGCUCUGUUAGUGGUGCUGAGAUGGCAAUCUUGCAAGCCUCCAGCCAUUCCCAGGAUGAUUUAUUUGAACAUUCAUUUGCACCCCUAACUACGUCAGCCAGCAGUAACAGCUUAUAUGAUGUACUCAGAAUGGGAGCAGAGUCAAGCAUCUUCGAAAAUUUGCAGUCUCAACUAAAACAAAGAGAAGGAGAAAUUGCACAGCUGCAGCUUGAAAUUUCCAACCUUGAAAGAAGUCGAGCUAUCAUGGCUGAGGAACUUGUCAAAUUAACUACACAGAAUGAUGAACUGCAAGAAAAAGUGAAUGAAAUCCCCAAGUUGCGUCUACAGCUUAAGGAUAUUGAUCAACGAUACAACACCAUAUUACAGAUGUAUGGUGAAAAAGCUGAGGAAGCUGAGGAACUGCGGCUGGACUUGGAAGAUGUGAAAAACAUGUACAAGACUCAAAUUGAUGAAUUAUUAAAGCAGAGGCUGACUUGACUUGCUUUAGCCGUGUUUCCAAGUUUCCCUCAAUGUGAAUUGCAAUACUGCUGACAGGUUUUUGGCAUAGAGUGUAAAUAUAUGAUUGUAAAUAUAAUAGUAUUAUCGGUGUUUUGUUAAUCAUCUGCUGUUGCAUUAGAGGAAAAUUAUGCAUUGGUGUUGAAAAAUUUACUGAUGUAACUUGUACAUAAGUGAAGUGCAGAUUCAAGUGCAAUAUUAUGAAUUAUUGUGAGCCGAUCCUUUAGGGUGAAGAUCUCAGAAACGAACUUUUCUGUAUAGUUGCAUUUCCAAGUAAAAGAUGGACCAAUUUUAUCAAACUUAAUUGACCAGCCUAAAGCAUUAUCUGUUGAAGAUGGUAAAUGUUUAUGUUAACUGGGCCCUCCAUGACACUAUUAAGUUUUACUCGAUGACUUGAGAAGAAAUUCAGUGUGUUGUAUACUGUUCAAUGUUCUAAUUGUUAAUGAAUUACAUACAUUUCAAAAUUACUGUUGAAAUAUAAACAAAGUCACUAGUACAAGAUGAUGUCUUGCUAUUGGUAAUUGGCCAACUUUUGCUAAUAGUUGCACUAAUUUAGUACCUGAUUUAAAAAAUAUAUUAAUAGUAGAAUCUUCUGUAUAGCUUAUGCACUUAGUAACAUUAAUACAUUUUCUUUGCUCUAUUCUGUGCAUUAAAAGUAAAUUAAAAUGAUUUAUUUAAACUAAUUUUCUAAAUUUGGAAUUCGUAAUCUACGCUAUUGUAUCUUCCAAAUGUAAAUUUAAAAUGUAAAUAACUACUUUGUGUAACAGUGGGACUUGGGUAAUAAAGUCUCUUGCCUGAUCUGCUGUUGUUUGCUAUGGUAGAGAUGAACUUCAGAUUUUACAUUAGAUGUAGUGACUGAUAAAUGACUUCAACUACAUUUCUUCCUUGGGCUGGACCCUAAAGGGGAUAAUUUUGUUCUUUUAAAUAUAGUUUUAAAUCUGGAAGCUAAUUAUUUUUAAUAUGUUCACUAAGCAUAUUUCUUGACCAAUGAGCAGGCAUUCAAUUCCUGGUUUUCGUAAAAUGCUAGUAGUAAUUUUUUUGCUUUGAGGGAAAAAUGGUGCAAGGAUUAUGAUUUAUUCCUUUUGUUUUCCUCCUUGUAAAAUAUCUAUCUUGAAGUUAGUAUCUAUUAAAACACCAAAAUUGGGAACAAAGAAAGAAAGAAUAUACAAAGCCAUUCAGUAUCUAUGCAGAGCAAAAGUUGUUGUAUCAAAGUUGUUGCCUUUAUAGAACAUUAAUUUUAGAGGUUACUAAAUCUAGUGGCAUAUCACUGUUCUAAUCUGGUGAUAUUUAUAAUAGUGUAUUUUUGAACAAGGUAUAUUGAACCUGCAAAAUUUGGACAAAUUUGUAAUGAAGAAGCUGAAUGUACAUGAAUUGUUAAACAUGAAUCAUCAGUAUGUUCAUACCUUGAUAUAAUUUCUAAUUUGUGUUGCAUUCACAUGUUGCAUUAAUUUUCUAAAAAUGUUUUUGCAUUGCUCAGUUAUGAAUGGCAAUUUUUGGUGAUAAGUGUGAGUGGAACAAACCACUGUUGACAAAUUUUUAAAAUUCUCAACAUGGCAACAACUUUUAGAGUAUGUUAAUAUUUUUAUUUUUGAUUUAUUCAUUAGAUAUUAACAUUUGAUUAUUUCCUUUUGUGACUUAAAAUACUUGUAUUGAGUAGUAUAUUUUAGAAACUACAGCAUGUUUAUCUUAAGAGUCAUUGGUACCUGAGGCAUUAAAAGAAGUUUCCUGUUAGAAGGUAUUUUAUCUGCUGAACUAGUUUUGAUGAUUUUCGGGCUUGAAUGUGUACAAUUUAUUUAUUACUUGAUGUUAGUAGAACAGAAUGCUUUUCUCUUAAGCACAUCAUUCUGCUGUGUCAUCUAACUUUGAUGUAUGGCUUCAUUAUUGAAGGGAUUGAAUAAAUAAUUUUUAUUUAUAAUAGCCAUUUCUUGGAUAUGAUUUCUAAUCAUUUGUAAAGUUUUAAAACAAAAGGUUUUAGCAUUAAUGCUCCACUUGCCUUUUCAUAAAAAUGUUCUCAAGCUACUGCUAUAAAGAAUUUCUCCCACAUUCACAGCUGGUUGGCUGGUACUAGAAUCCUGAAUCAUGGUGCCAUUGCCUUUGGAAUUGAACCAACGUCAAUU